GUAAAUUCAGUCACCUCAAUGAGCCUGUACUGACUAUCAUAUAGCUAUCAGGGAGCACACGGACUGGGUCACUGUGAGGACACCCUGUCCAUCUGGGUGUAGACUUGUGUGGGUAGUUUGCAGGGUGUAUGUGUUCUAGCACUGUGUGGAGAUGUCUGUUUCUGGGAUCCUUCCCUCCUGGGAUUUUGUGGAGGCAUGGCCUGCGCUCCUGGCCUGUCUGGUUGUGGCAUUGGUGGGCUGGCUUCUCCGCUUAGGAGAGAGGAGACAUUGGAAGCAGUCUCACUCAGUGCCACCUCCUGCCACCACGCAACCUGGCUGCCAGCUGCUGCUAGUGGAGCAAAGAAUGGAUAAACUUCUUACCCAACUCAAGCUUUUGGACCCUGAUGAGCUUCGAGAAGAAAUACUGAAAGCUGGCUUAAAGUGUGGUCCAGUCACCUCAACCACCAGGUUUAUCUUUGAAAAAAAGCUAGCUCGUGCUUUACUGGAACAGCAAGGUGUGGCUUCAUCAGAGAUUUUAAAUCCAUCUCAUGAAAGUCCAAUCACUAACAAUGGACAACAGCAAUACUACACUGAGCAGAAACACACAUCUGAUGAACAGGAUUUUGGGUACAGUGUUGGUCUGAACCCACCUUUUGAAGAACCAUCUUUGAUAGACAAGGAUUUUGUACCCGUGGAGAGGUCGGUUUAUUCUUCUCAGGCUUGCUCCCAGAUGAAUAAUAAAGAACCCUCUUUAUACUAUGCGGUUUGCCCGGUGUUUGAGGAUACACUGGCAAGAAAUGAAAAAGUUCACAUUUAUACAGAUAAGAAAGAAGCUCUUCAUGCUGUUAAGAAUAUGAAGGGUUCAAGAUUCAAAGCUUUUCCAUCAAAAGAUGAUGCAGAGAAGUUCGCCAGAGGCGCAUGCGACUACUACCCAUCUCCAAGCAAGAUGUCAUCUCUGCCACAGUCGCCCAUGCAACAUACACCAUCUUUUAGAGAUGCACCAUCCUCUCCAGAGGUAGAAAGUAUCAACAAGGAGAAAGCAAAUAGCUUCAAGAGCCCUAGAACACAAGAUCUGACCGCUAAAUUGAGGAAGGCCGUGGAGAAAGGAGAUCUGGCUGCCUUUUCAGACCUUAUUUGGAGCAACCCUCGUUAUCUUAUAGGUUCUGGAGACAACCCAACUGUAGUUCAGGAAGGGUGCAGGUAUAAUGUGAUGCAUGUGGCUGCCAAGGAGAAUCAAGCUGGGAUUUGCCAGCUAUUGCUGGAUACCUUGGAGAACCCAGAAUUCAUGCGUCUUAUGUACCCAGACGAUGAUGAAAUAAUGCUCCUGAAACGCAUCCGGUAUAUUGUCGAUCUCUAUCUGAAUACACCAGAUAAGAUGGCGUUUGAUACUCCCCUGCAUUUCGCCUGCAAGUUUGGUAAUGCAGAUGCGCUGAAUGUCUUAAGCUCGCAUCCUGAUAUUAUAAAGAAACCAAGAAAUAAGUACAACCAAACUCCAGAAGAGGUUAUAUGUGAACGAAGCAAAAAUAAAUCUGCGGAAUUAAAAGCAAGAAUGAGAGAAUACCUCCAAGGUCAUUUUUAUGUCCCACUCUUGCGUGCGGAAGAUAACUCCUCUUCCCCCGUCAUUGGAGCUCCAUGGUCCCCAGAACAGUCAGACUUCCUCUCACAGAGACGGUUCAAUGGCAGCCCUAAAGAUCCACUGUUGGCAGUGAGAGCAUUUGCUGGGCCCAUGAGCCCUUCCAAGGCAGAGGAUUUUCGAAAAAUGUGGAAAACCCCACCAAGGGAUAGAGCUGGAUUCUUUCAUAAUGUCAGAAAAACUGAUCCUGAAAGAGGUGCCGAACGAGUAGGAAGAGAGCUAGCCCAUGAGCUUGAUAUCCCAUGGCUGGAGUAUUGGGAUUUUCUUGGUUGCUUUUCUGACCUCUCUUCCCAGGAGGGCCUGGGAAAACUGGAAGAAUUUCUGAGCAAGAGGGAGUCUAGUGAGAGAACGCUGUUAGAAUCUGAUCAUGAAUUCUGCAACAAAUAUAAAACUCCAUCUCCUUCAGGCAGAAACAAAAAACUUUGCAAUUCGAUAUCAGUUGGAGCGUUUCUUGAUGAUGAGGAAGACCUGAGCAUAGAGAUCAAAAACCGUCAGAAUGCUGCUUUAAAACGCAGCCCUUCGCUGGCUUCUGCAGAGACCAUCUCCACACCAGAGUGUAUCAUUGACACACAUGUCCAUCCCAACAGCACCCAACAUAACCUGGCUAAACUUGGUUUCCGUAGUCCAUUGUGCAGUGAACGGAUACUUCCUGGUGAGAAUCGUCAUCAGGCUGUGGAAGAAGGAAUGCUGUCUCCAGUCUCAAACCUCAUGGCGGAGUUUGAAAAGCUCUCAUUUGCAGAUUUAAUGCAAUCUGACAAUGAUGCACAUUGGAAAGAUGACUCUCCCUUUGCAAAUGAGGCAACAAUUUCUCAAAAUAUGAGUCGAGACAAUAUUUCUGGUAACAAAGCGGACACUUUAGCUGGCAGAUUAUCAACACGGACAGAAUGUUGUGGCUUGACACAGGUUGAGCAGCUGUUGCCUGACUUAAGCCUUAAGGACAAUCCAUCUCCACCAGGCCAGCCUGAGCUGUCAGGCUUGCAUACCUCUUCAGGAUCUCCUAUCCAUCAACUAGUCAUGACGACUCCAUCCAAAAACCAAAGCACUAAAACUUUCUUGCUCGGAAAAGAACCUUCUAAGCUAGACAGUAAUGUACUCUCUGCUGUGGAACAUGUUGAAAUUGAUACCCAGAAAUACCCCUGCAUUUCUCGGUGGAUAGAAGCCAUUCAGUCAUAUCCCAGCUCAGAUCGGCAAAGUUGGCCAAGUCCAGCAGUUCUAUCAGGAAAAAACAAGCCUCAAAUAUUCAGCUCUCCUGGAAGCCAUGGAUUUUCUACACCUGGCCGGCACAGUCCUAUACCUGGAAGCCCAGGAAAAUACACAAACACUCCUGACUUCAGUAGUCCUGGAAGAUACAGCCCAGCUUAUGCAAGCCACAUUCAAAUACUGAGAUUGCGCCAGUUUUCGGACCACUCGGCCAUUUAGCACCUACUUUGUCAUUUUACCUCCCCUCUUACCCCAGAAAGAUGUACAUAUGACUCGUGAAGAGAUCUAUCCCUCUCUGUUAAUGCAUCAUGUCUGAAAGGUGAGCCACCUGUUUUAAUGAGUGGUUGACUAGGUCAUUGUCACCUGACAAGAAGAAAAAGGGAAAAAAUGGGUCUUGUACUGUUUUCUUUGUGAAUAUGUUGAUGUUGUCACUAUUGUCUUCUGGACUGUAUUACUGAACAGCUGUUUUAUUAUGCAUCAACCGUGUUUUUAGUUUUUAAGAAAAAUUGUACUAAAAUAAUAAAAUA